AUGGUGAAUACUCAGCUAGCGCUUUGCAAGGAUCCACAGUUCCUGAGCAAAAAGGCCAAAUCAAAUCGCUCUGAGCAUCGAGUAGGUGGUUGCCUCUUCGAUGAGCCUUAUAGCAUGUGUGGUUACAGUCAGGCUGAAGAUGAUGACUUCAACUGGGAACAAGUGAACACCUUGACCAAACCAACCUCUGAUCCAUGGAUGCCAUCAGGCUCCUUCAUGUUGGUGAACACGUCUCGGAGAUCUGAGGGACAGAGAGCCCACCUCCUCUUACCUCAGCUCAAAGAAAAUGACACCCACUGCAUUGAUUUUCACUACUUUGUAUCCAGCAAGAGUAAUUCUGCUCCCGGGUUACUCAAUGUCUACGUGAAGGUCAAUAACGGGCCUUUGGGGAACCCUAUUUGGAAUAUAUCUGGAGACCCAAACCGUACAUGGAACAGGGCAGAGCUGGCCAUCAGUACUUUCUGGCCUAACUUUUAUCAGGUGAUUUUUGAAGUCGUAACUUCUGGACAUCAAGGCUACCUUGCCAUUGAUGAAGUGAAGGUGUUAGGACAUCCAUGUACCAGAACGCCUCACUUCCUGCGGAUUCAGAACGUGGAGGUCAACGCGGGCCAGUUUGCCGCCUUCCAGUGCAGUGCCAUCGGCAGGACUGUGGCCGGCGACAGGCUCUGGUUACAGGGCAUUGAUGUACGGGAUGCUCCUCUGAAGGAAAUAAAGGUGACUAGUUCCCGGCGAUUCAUAGCAUCGUUUAAUGUCAUGAAUACAACCAAACGAGAUGCUGGAAAAUACCGCUGCAUGAUUCGAACCGAUGGAGGAGUUGGCCUAUCCAACUAUGCAGAAUUGGUAGUUAAAGAGCCCCCUGUCCCCAUCGCGCCCCCUCAGCUGGCCUCCGUGGGGGCCACCUACCUGUGGAUCCAACUCAACGCCAACUCCAUCAAUGGCGAUGGGCCCAUCGUGGCCCGGGAGGUGGAAUACUGCACCGCCAGCGGGAGCUGGAGCGACCGGCAGCCAGUGGACUCCACGAGCUACAAGAUCGGGCAUCUCGACCCAGACACAGAGUAUGAGAUCAGCGUGCUUCUCACCCGGCCAGGGGAGGGUGGCACCGGUUCUCCUGGGCCCGCUCUCAGAACCAGAACCAAGUGUGCUGAUCCCAUGCGCGGCCCAAGAAAAUUGGAAGUCGUCGAAGUCAAAUCUCGACAAAUCACUCUCCGCUGGGAGCCAUUUGGAUAUAACGUGACUCGUUGCCAUAGUUACAACCUCACAGUCCACUACUGUUACAAGGUCGGAGGGCAGGAACAAGUGAGAGAAGAAGUAAGCUGGGACACGGAUAACUCACACCCUCAACACACCAUCACCAACCUCUCCCCCUACACCAACGUCAGUGUGAAACUCAUCCUCAUGAAUCCCGAGGGACGGAAGGAGAGCCAAGAACUCGUAGUACAGACAGAUGAAGAUCUUCCAGGUGCUGUUCUUACUGAAUCCAUCCAAGGAAGUACCUUUGAAGAGAAGAUAUUUCUUCAAUGGCGAGAACCAAUUCAAACCUAUGGUGUCAUCACUUUAUAUGAGAUCACCUACAAGGCAGUCAGUUCCUUUGACCCAGAAAUAGAUCUAUCCAGUCAAAGUGGAAGAGUUUCAAAACUGGGAAAUGAAACCCACUUUCUGUUUUUCGGACUGUAUCCAGGAACCACAUACUCCUUCACCAUCCGAGCUAGCACGGCUAAGGGUUUUGGACCCCCGGCAACAAAUCAGUUCACCACCAAAAUAUCAGCACCCUCCAUGCCAGCUUAUGACCUGCUGAAGCCUGCACACAGCCGAGGCGCACCUGUCAGUGUGUAUAUAAUAGUGGUGGAGGAAGAGCGUCCUCGAAGAGCUAAAAAGACAACAGAAAUCUUAAAAUGCUACCCGGUGCCCAUCCACUUCCAGAAUGCUUCUCUGCUGAACUCCCAGUACUACUUUGCUGCUAAAUCCCCAGCCAACAGCCUCCAAUCGGCUCAGCCUUUUACUAUUGGUGAUAAUAAGACGUACAAUGGAUACUGGAACACCCCUCUCCUUCCCCAUAAAAGCUACAGAAUUUAUUUCCAAGCUGCUAGCAGAGCCAACGGGGAAACCAAAAUAGACUGUGUCCAAGUGGCCACAAAAGCUGCGAUAAUCGUGACUCAGCUUACGACACCUCACAUUCGCAUCGCCCCUGCUGCAGGCGACGACCAGCUGACAGGAGCUGCCACUCCAAAACCAGUCCCAGAACCCGAGAAACAAACAGACCACACAGUCAAGAUCGCAGGAGUCAUCGCUGGCAUCUUGCUGUUCGUGAUUAUAUUUCUUGGAGUCGUGUUGGUCAUGAAGAAAAGGAAACUGGCCAGGAAGCGGAAGGAGACGAUGAGCAGCACGCGGCAGGAGAUGACGGUGAUGGUGAGCUCCAUGGACAAGAGCUACGCGGAGCAGGGCACCAGCUGCGACGAGGCCUUCUCCUUCAUGGACACACACAACCUCAACGGGAGAUCUGUGUCUUCACCAUCGUCCUUUACCAUGAAAACGAACACCCUGAGCACAUCGGUGCCUAAUUCCUACUACCCAGACCCAUUUGUGCCAACUGCAAUUUUAGACGAGACACACACGAUGGCCAGUGACACCAGCAGCUUGGUGCAGCCCCACACGUACAAGAAGCGCGAGCCGGCCGACGUGCCCUACCAGACGGGGCAGCUGCACCCUGCCAUCCGGGUGGCCGACCUGCUUCAGCACAUCACGCAGAUGAAGUGUGCAGAGGGCUACGGCUUCAAGGAGGAGUACGAGAGCUUCUUUGAAGGGCAGUCUGCACCAUGGGACUCUGCUAAGAAAGAUGAAAACAGAAUGAAGAACAGAUAUGGGAAUAUUAUUGCAUAUGAUCAUUCCCGGGUGAGGCUGCAGACCAUAGAAGGAGACAACAACUCAGACUACAUCAAUGGAAAUUAUAUCGAUGGUUAUCAUCGACCCAAUCAUUAUAUUGCUACGCAAGGACCAAUGCAAGAGACCAUCUAUGACUUCUGGAGGAUGGUGUGGCAUGAAAACACAGCGAGCAUCAUCAUGGUGACUAACCUGGUGGAAGUGGGGAGGGUCAAAUGCUGCAAAUACUGGCCAGAUGACACAGAGAUCUACAAAGACAUUAAAGUCACCCUAAUAGAAACAGAGCUACUGGCAGAAUAUGUGAUAAGAACAUUUGCUGUUGAAAAGCGAGGUGCUCAUGAAAUACGCGAGAUCAGACAGUUUCACUUCACGGGCUGGCCGGACCACGGCGUCCCCUACCACGCCACCGGGCUGCUAGGAUUCGUCCGGCAGGUGAAAUCCAAGAGCCCGCCCAACGCAGGCCCGUUGGUGGUGCACUGCAGCGCUGGUGCAGGGAGGACCGGCUGUUUCAUUGUCAUCGACAUCAUGCUGGACAUGGCCGAGAGGGAAGGGGUGGUGGACAUCUACAACUGCGUCCGGGAGCUGCGGUCUCGGAGGGUGAACAUGGUGCAGACCGAGGAGCAGUACGUGUUCAUCCACGAUGCCAUCCUGGAAGCCUGUCUUUGUGGGGACACCUCGGUCCCUGCUUCCCAAGUCAGGUCUCUCUAUUAUGACAUGAACAAGCUGGAUCCACAGACAAAUUCAAGCCAGAUUAAAGAGGAAUUCCGGACCCUGAACAUGGUGACACCGACCCUGCGCGUGGAGGACUGCAGCAUCGCGCUUCUGCCCCGGAACCACGAGAAGAACCGCUGCAUGGACAUCCUGCCCCCCGACCGCUGCCUGCCUUUCCUCAUCACCCUCGAUGGCGAGAGCAGCAACUACAUCAAUGCCGCCCUCAUGGACAGCUAUAAACAGCCCUCGGCUUUUAUAGUCACCCAGCAUCCUUUGCCAAACACAGUGAAAGACUUCUGGAGGCUGGUCCUGGAUUAUCACUGCACGUCUGUAGUUAUGCUGAAUGAUGUGGAUCCGGCCCAGUUGUGUCCGCAGUACUGGCCGGAGAAUGGAGUCCACAGACACGGCCCCAUCCAGGUGGAAUUUGUUUCUGCUGACCUGGAAGAAGACAUCAUCAGCAGGAUAUUCCGAAUUUACAACGCAGCCCGACCCCAGGACGGGUACCGGAUGGUGCAGCAGUUCCAGUUCCUGGGCUGGCCCAUGUACAGGGACACGCCUGUGUCCAAGCGCUCCUUCUUGAAGCUCAUCCGCCAGGUGGACAAGUGGCAGGAGGAAUACAAUGGUGGGGAAGGCCGCACGGUUGUGCACUGCCUGAACGGGGGAGGCCGCAGCGGGACCUUCUGCGCCAUCAGCAUUGUCUGUGAGAUGCUCCGGCACCAGAGGACGGUGGACGUCUUCCACGCCGUGAAGACGCUGAGGAACAACAAGCCCAACAUGGUGGACCUGCUGGAUCAGUACAAGUUCUGCUAUGAGGUAGCCCUAGAAUACUUGAAUGCUGGCUGA